AUGCCACGGAUCUGCUCCCGCAGACCCAAUAAACACCCAACGCCCCCAGGCAGGCGGACGGGAAAACAGCACCCCCGCAAGAACCAGCGCACACAGACAAAACACCAGUCUAUUGCCCCUCAGAGGCCGGGAACAUACAGCAAAAGGCAAGUGGAGGUGGGGAGCGGGGACGGGGCACAGACAAAUGGGACUUUGACAUACUCAGCUCCGCAAGAUGGCAGAUCCUGGCAUAGAGAUGCCACGUGGCACCCAGAUGCAGCCCAGCCUCACACUCCCAUAGAGAGCAGAACGUUGCAUGAAGCCUGCCUGCUCCAGAACGGCCAGCGACCUCCCCACAGACUGGACAUUGGAUGA